AUGAAUAUCUGCCUCACACACACACACACACACUUCUCAUGCCUCUACUCAAUUCAACAAUAUAAAUACUCUCUGAUCCAUGUGAAAAAUAAACCACUUCAAACUACCUCCGAUAAACCAAAUAUAAUGAAAACCUGGUUACUGGCGUUGUUGGUCGUAAUAUACAUUCAAUGUGCAAUGACAUACGUCCGAAGGAAAGGUGAUGAGGGAGAAAAACAGUUAUCGAGAUCAGGAGUGAACAUAAAUCGCUUCCUCACCGAUAAUAAGGAUGUUCUGGGUCACCCGAAAAGCAAACACCGACACAGAGGGAGGAAGGGUGUCAGGGGAAGGAAGUGUAGUCAUGGCAGGUGUCGAGGUGAUAGACAUCGAAAGGGCGCACCAUAUGGUAUUGGUGGAUCCGGUAUGCCAGGCGGUCAGGAUUACCGUGGCAGUGGACAAGGAGGCAUUGGUCUAUUCGGUCAACGGAAUACAGGUGUGAAGAGUGGCAGUUCGAAUGGAGUGGUUGGUGGGCAAGGUGGUGGACUGGGUGGAAUACUUGGUCAGAAUGGUGGUGGUAUUGGUAGAGUAGUCAGCCAACAAGGUGGAGGUUUGCGUGGAGAAGUCAGUCAACGUGGUGGAGGUUUGGGUGGACUAUUUGGUAAACAAGGAGGAGGACUGGGUGGAAUACUUGGUCAGAAUAUUGGUGGUUUGAGUGGCAUACUUGGUAAACAAGGAGGAGGACUUGGUGGAAUACUUGGUCAGAAUAUUGGUGGUUUGAGCGGAAUACUCGGUCAACAAGGAGGAGGAUUGGGUGGCUUGGGUAAGAUGGUUUCCGGUCUAGGUGGUGGAAACCCUCUGGGUAAACUUUUUGGUUAACAUCAGUGGAACUUCACCUUAUAUCUUAUAUUCAAAUCUUCAGAGGUAUUUUACCAUACAAUCAAUUCAUUACAAUACACUUGAAUCCAAUCAUGAACAUGUGUUCAAUGUAGUUUUGUAAUAUAACCGAAUUGUUUACUUUUCAAUAAACAUGCAUUCAGAAAAGAAAUCAUGUCUUUUAUCUGUCACUCUAUAUUCGAAUUUAUUCAGUUGAAAUGCUUACUGUUUGCCUUGAUAAAUUCGAACUACACGUGAAACUAAGAAAGUAACAUAUCACUGACAAAAAUUCCAACGAAAUUUGAAUUCCCUUAUUCACAAUGCUUGUUGUUUCAAUCUUUUCGAUUGAAUGAGAUGAUAACACAUUGUGGAGUGGAAAAAAUGGAAGCUUCUAUAGAACAUUCAGGUUCCAAGACAUUUCGAGGUACUUACCUUUUUACAGGAGCAAUGCACUAAUCAAAUAUGAUCAUAUUACUCUCGUCUACUUCGGAUACAUACUUUCAAUUUCAC